AUGGUGACGUGCCACCCGGGCCUCGAGCCCGUGGUGGCGGGAGAGCUGGAGAACCCGCGCAUCGGCGCGCGCGGCAUCGAGCUGCGGGAGCCGGGCCGCGUGCGGUUCUGGGCCGACAGCCAGGCAGUGGGCUACAGGGCCGCCCUCUGGCUGCGGUCCGCGACGCGCGUGCUGCAGCUGGUGGCGUCAGAGCCCCUGGACCCGCGCCGCGAGGCCGGCGACACGGUCUACGAGUCCGCGCGGCGGCUGCUGGACUGGCCGCUGCUGCUGCCGCCGGGCCGGACCGUGGGCGUGACCAGCCAGGUCUGGAGCUGCAGCAACGUCACCAACUCUCAGGUGACGGCCGGGCGGGGCAGUGGACGCUGGAGCUGA